CCGCUCCCGCCGCUCCGCUCCGCUCCGCCAUGUCCGCCGAGCCGGCCCCGGCCGCCGCCGCCGCCCCCGAGCCGGGCCCCGGCCCCGAGCCGCCGGCGGGCGGCGGGGAGGCGGCCGAGCACCGGGCGCUGGUGCUGACGGGCUUCGGCGGCUACGAGAAGGUGAAGGUGCAGGCGCGGCGCGGCGGCGCCCCGCGGCCCGGGGAGGUCUCGGUGCGCGUCCGCGCCUGCGGGCUCAACUUCGCCGACCUGAUGGCGCGGCAGGGCCUGUACGACCGGCUGCCGCCGCCGCCCGUCUGCCCCGGCAUGGAGUGCGCCGGCACCGUCCGCGCCGUCGGCGACGGCGUCCGCGACCGACAGGUUGGUGAUAAGGUGAUGGUCCUGGCUAGGUCAGGGCUUUGGCAAGAAGUGGUGAAUGUGCCAGCCAGUCAGACUUUCCUGAUGCCUGAGGGGAUGAGCUUUGAGGAAGCCGCUGCUCUUCUUGUCAACUACAUCACUGCCUAUAUGAUCCUGUUUGACUUCGGAAACCUGAGACCCAACCAGAGUGUCCUCAUCCACAUGGCUGCAGGUGGUGUGGGAACUGCUGCCAUCCAGCUGUGCAAAACUGUAGAGAAUGUCACCAUUUUUGGCACAGCAUCUGCCUCCAAGCAUGAUUCACUCAAGGAGAGUGGAGUUGCUCACCCCAUUGACUACAGAACGAUGGAUUAUGCAGAGGAGGUCCGGAAAAUCUCUCCCAAAGGUGUUGACAUUGUCCUGGACCCCCUGGGAGGAUCUGAUACGUCCAAAGCAUUUAACCUGUUAAAGCCAAUGGGCAAACUCAUCACUUACGGGGUGGCAAACCUGCUCACUGGGCAGAAGAAGAACCUCAUGGCUAUGGCUAAAACCUGGUGGAACCAGUUCAGCAUCAACGCCUUGCAGCUCCUACACCAUAACAAGGCUGUGUGUGGCUACCACCUUGGAUAUAUGGAUGAAGAAUUUGAGCUUGUUGGAGGUGUUGUAGCCAAGCUGGUUAACCUGUACAGUCAAGGCAAAAUCAAGCCCAAAAUAGACUCUGUAUGGCCCUUUGAUCAGGUGGCAGAUGCCAUGAGGCAGAUGCAAGAGAAGAAGAAUGUUGGAAAGGUCAUCCUGGUUCCUGAAGCACCCAAGGAAGAAUCCAAAAAAGAAGAGAACUAAGGAGAAAAGAUGUGUGCAGAUUGUGAAAUCAUGGUUUAACUCCCUGAUCUCUUUGGGACCUGGAAAUGGACAGAUCAGUAGCUUCCAUCUUCACCAGUACAAGAACAUCGUGGUUAAAGUUCAGAUGAGGUUUGCAUGCUCUCAUUGUGACUGACCCUUUGCCAGAUAUGCCUCCUGCCCUAGCUCUCUGUUUUGAAGCCUGUUUAUUUUGUAUGUUUUUCUAAUCACUUGUUUCUCUACUGAAUUUCCAAACUAACCUUAGUUUUCUCUGGCAGUGCAGCUGAAGCUCCCAGGCAGUUGCUGAUUAACAACUGCAUAUAGCCUGUCACUGUAAAGUCAGGAUACAACAUACAGUAUCAACUGCCAGGUAUCUCCACAGAAAGUGAGGCCUGCUAGAGCAUUUGUACUGUCACCUCUGAGAAGCUUGUUCAGCAGGAGAAUGAGCCAAACUUGGGAUAUUUCCUCAACAGCUGGAGGAAAAGCACGGCUGGCAUAGUUGAACUCUAGCUCAGGCUACAUUUCUGUUUACACUAACCACCCCGCUCCCUCGCCUCCGCUUCUGUAGGCCUCUAACACCAGUCAGAUAGUAACAGGUCAUGUUGUCUUUGCCUUGUAAAUAACCAUCCUGGCAUUUUGGAGUCUAUGGCAUAUUGCACUUAAUUCGCAGUCACUUCUCUGUGCAGUCGGCGAAUAACCUGACUGGCUGGGCUGUGUCUGAAUACAGAAGAAAAGUUUCAGCUGGGUAUCUUGAUCUUGUCCAUUUUCUGAUUCCAAAGUGUGUAGGGAGAUCUAAACUGUGUCUGAUUUUUAGAGACCAUAAGGACUCAACUGUGUCUCAAACGACUGGAACAAUU